AUGGCUCCUCCAAAGAAGAGUGUUAAAAUGGAUCUGAAUUCGUUCCUGAACGACGAGUCGUUCGGAGAAUCGUGGGCCGAAGAGGAAGUUGAUUUGGAAAAGAUCAACAUCCCAAUCAACAGCGUCAAGCCUUCGAACACGAUCCCCUUAGAAGGGUUGACAUCGAUGAAAGGGUCUAGAUUGGACCCUGCCCUCGCCCCUGAAAAGAGAGAGCGUGUUGAGUACCCAGUGCCAGAUUACCCACCAUACCGUGCCAUGAUUAGCAAUGUGCCAUGGGACGUUUCUGAAGAAGGUAUCAGAGCGUGGGUCGAAGACGGACUAGACAAGCAGGGCGCUGUGACCGAGCUGGCCGCGCCAAGAGAUUUCAACGAGCCCUCGCGUCUCAAGGGUUUUGCGUUCGUGACGUUUGCCGAGCGCAGCGAUCUAGAAGCUGCUCUCAGAUUUAAUGCUACCAAAUUGAACGAGCGCACUGUUUUCGUGUCUGUCGCUGCUCCUCAGAGGGGUCGUGGUGGAGAUGGAGGCUUUGAAGACAUCAACUGGGAAUCUGCCAGAGGUUCCAACUACCAAUCUGGCAGACCUAGAGGAGAAGAAGUCGAUUUGGACUGGGGUAGUAUGAGAGGAUCUGCGUUCCAACCUGCCAGGCCCAGAAGAGAAGAGCCAGACCUUGACUGGGGCUCUAUGAGAGGCGCUCAGUUCAGACCUCAAAGAGAGAGAAAGCCUAGAGAAGACGAACCUGAGCUUGACUGGGGUGCCAUGAGAGGGUCUCAAUUUCAAGCUCAAAGGGAGAGAAAGCCUCGUGCACCAGAGCCAGAAUUGGACUGGGGUGCCGUGAGGGGCGCUAACGCUCCACAAAGACCAAUAAGAACUGAAAGAAAACCAAGAGAUGAGCCACAACUCGACUGGGGUGGAGCAAGAGGCUCCAAAUUUGGGCAAAGUGCAGCCCCAAGAAGACCCGCUAAGCAAGCCAGUCAGACGGUGAAUGCCCAGGAAUCUCCAAAGAUUCAAAAGUCGUCUUUUGCUGUUUUGUCUACUGAAGACGAUGAUGAAACCGAGCAAGAUAAAAGUGAAACUUCUCAAAAGGCUACUAAUCCAAGCUCCGAUGACGUGGAAGGGCUUGAAAAAGCUACUGCUAAUCUUUCUGUGCAUAACGAUGAUGGCAACUGGGAAACUGUGGGUAAGAAAUGA